CUUCACUCCACCACAAAAAUAUAACCGUUGCGACUGAUACGUACAAGAGGACCACUUCAUAACAAGUACACAUAUAUAAAACCAUCGAUCUUCUUCCAUCGUAAUUUACAAUUACUCCCGAUCGACCGUUUCCUUUCUCCACACUUCCCAAUCCAAUGGCGCAACUUACUAAUUCCCUUAAUUAUCUUUUUUCUAUUUCUCUCUUGCUAUUAUUAUUCCACUGCUUAUGUUUUCGUUUUUCAUUGGUUGCAGCUUGCUCAAACUCCACCGAAGACCAACAGAUUCAACACCAUCACCACCGGAAAUGGGUGGGUCCUUCAGGUCACAAAGUCAUCACCGUCUCACUUACCGGCCAUGCUCAGUUUCGCUCCGUCCAAGACGCCGUUGAUUCCAUACCAAAGAACAAUAACAUGAGUAUCGUUAUCAAGAUUGCUCCCGGAUAUUACCGAGAGAAAGUGGUGGUUCCAGCGACAAAGCCGUACAUAACGUUCAAAGGAGCGGGUCGGGACGUGACGGUUAUAGAGUGGCACGACCGUGCGUCGGACCGUGGCCCUGACGGUCAACAGUUACGUACUUAUCAAACUGCUUCCGUCACCGUCUACGCUAAUUAUUUCUCCGCUAGAAACAUUAGCUUCACGUGUGUCUAUAUGUCUUAUACAGAAAAUGAUUACACAUUAAAUAAUAUGUGUUGUUGCUUGUUGGUGAAGGAUUGUGAGUUGCAUUCGAUAGCGUCAAGAUUCGGAUCGAUAGCAGCGCAUGGGAGGACAUGCCCGGAGGAGAAAACGGGUUUCGCGUUCGUGGGUUGUCGGGUAACGGGUACGGGUCCGUUGUACGUAGGCCGUGCCAUGGGCCAAUACUCACGUAUUGUCUACGCCUACACCUACUUCGAUGCUCUCGUCGCUCAUGGUGGCUGGGACGAUUGGGACCACAAAUCCAACAAAAGCAAGACGGCAUUUUUUGGAGUGUACAAUUGCUACGGGCCAGGAGCAGCAGCGACGAGAGGCGUCUCAUGGGCCAGAGCGUUGGACUAUGACUCGGCCCAUCCAUUUAUUGCUAAGAGCUUCGUUAAUGGGAGACAUUGGAUCGCUCCACGAGAUGCCUAACCAAAACUUCAAAGUUCAAAGUUCAAACUUCGUUUUGCUUCUACUCCUAGCUUAAUUAUAUUCGUUUAUUGUUUUUAUUCUUUUCCCGAUUUAUUUAUACCUUGUGAUACAGAGCAGAAUUGCAUCUUCUUCAUUUGUAUACAUUUUUCAAUUAAGGUUUCGUGUGCUGCCAAAAAAAAAAAAGCUAAUUUAUACACAAUCUUGAUUAAGUACUA